AUGCCCGUGGAUUUCGACAAACAAAGCUAUUGGGGCGAACGCUUCGCAUCCGAGACCAACUUUGAGUGGCUGACCCCUUCCGCGACCCUCAUGUCGAUCGUGGACCCCUACCUCGUCAGCAUGGACAACUCGGCGCGCAUCCUCCAGCUAGGCUUUGGAACGAGCGACCUCCAGAACCAUAUCCGCCAAAGAGGGUUUAACAACAUCACCAAUGUCGAUUUCGAGCCUCUGGCCAUUGAUCGCGGCCGGAUGCUGGAAAAGCAAGUAUUCGGUGACGUGAAAAUGCGCUACCUCGUGGCAGACGUCACUCAACUUCAAUUGUCAGAAAAGUACAACUUGAUCAUCGACAAAAGCACGGCGGACGCUGUGUCUUGUGGGGGUGAAGGGCCGCUGCUGAGGAUGGCAGAAGGCGUGAGACGACACUUGGCCGAUGCUGGUCUUUGGAUAUCUUUGAGUUAUUCCUUCUGCCGCUUCGACGUCGAGAACCUGCCUUUCAACAUGGAUGUGAUUGCAAAGAUUCCUACACCUAAAUUGAAGGCCACUGACCCGGACAUUUACCACUGGUGUUAUUCGUUGACACCAAAGACACUGCAAUGA